AUGGCUACGGCGAACCACCACCUACAACAGCAGCGACCCAUUGUCGAGGCUCGGAUACGAACCCUGGUUAACAACGAUCUGAAAGAGAUAUGUAGAGCGCACAAUUACCAGGUGUCGGGGAACAAGGCUCAUUUGCAGGCGAGGUGUAUCGAGAGUGAGAUGUAUGCUGACAACGGCGUAGUCCUCCGGAAAAUCAUCAAUGAUAACAAUCAGACCGCUUUCGACGCAUUGAGCUAUCAAAUAAGCCAUCACGGCCAGGAACCACCGCCCAGUUUCUCCCACGUCAAGACUGCAGACACAGGGUUCUCGAGCCCAACGACAGCUUCAUACUCACACACUCAUCACUCGCGGCCUCUACCAGCACAGGGACGAUCGGCUCUGGGUCGACUGCCACCUCCGGGAAGACUUUUCAAACCAAGUCCAUUCUAUGAGAUCAUUGACAAUGUGUUGCCAUUCGACUAUCUACCUGAAUAUCCGCAAAACCGUAAUACGGUCAAUGCGACCUUGAGGUUGAAGGAAGAUGCUGUGCGACGCCUCGCAGGUGACAGCACUUUGCGUCUACUGCUUUACUGUGGUAUCGACACGAAUCUCGCACCAAACUCGCCUCCCAUUGAUAUCUCUUUCCCAAGCCAGAUCGAGGUCAAAAUCAACGGCGAUGAUGUUCGAUCCAACUUCAAAGGUCUCAAAAAUAAGCCGGGCUCCACCAAACCUGCCGAUGUGACCGACAAAGUUCGUCGAAACACGGGAUAUGGUAAUAUGAUUGCCAUAACCUACGCCUUGACGACCAAACAAUACAUAUUUGGCAUACAGCUUGCACGGUAUUGUAAUGCAACGACUCUGACUGAACGCAUCAAGCAAGGAAGAUUUAUUCCCAAACAGACCGUCCUCGAUGAGAUGAGCAAAGCAAACUCCGAUCCGGACAUUGCUACCACUUCGGUGAGAAUGUCUCUCAAAGACCCAAUAUCUACCUUGCGAAUCACAGUCCCGAUUCGCUCAGACAGAUGCGCUCACAAUCAAUGCUUCGACGGGUCCAUGUUUAUGCAGCUCCAAGAACAAGCCCCACAAUGGCUAUGCCCGAUUUGCAACCGGACUAUCCUCUUCGAAUCUUUGCGGGUCGAUAAGUACUUUGAAGACAUACUGAAUCGAACACCCAAAUCCACCGAAAAGGUGGACAUUGAGCCAAAUGGCGAAUGGCAUGUUAUCGAUACAGGAGAUAAUGCGCGAGAUAAUCCUCCGCGAGGUCCGCGUGCGGCUUACGAUGACGACUUCGAUGACGAAGACGAUGAUGUUGAAAUUGUCGAAAUCAAAGACGAGCCGCCCAGUGCUACGCUUUCCAAUGGAAGUUUCGCACGUUCGAUGGCCCUGCCUGCUAUAUCGCAGAUGACGACACCUCCUGUAUCGUCGCGGGAAGCAUCGAUCGCCCAGCAGAACACCCAGGGCACGAAACGGCCUGCCACGGUGAUGCCCACUGUGAUUGAUCUGAUCUCAUCGGACGAAGACGAACCGGUGCGGCCUGCUAAGAGA